UGGGCAGGUUUUGAACAAAUAAGGCGGAUCCCUUAUUUUUACCAAAAUUCAAUUUCCCGCCCCACAAAUUCGCCCAAACUUUACUCAAACCAUUUUCUCACACAACAAUAAACUCCCCAUUUCUCUCAAAACAAAGAAAAAAAAAAAAAACCAACCUUUAUCUUUGAAGCAGUUGCUCUAAAAUAAAAUCAAGAUUCCAUUUUUCAAGACUGUACAUUUAGUUCGAACAAUCUUUCUUGAUUUAGUCUUAGAUUUUUUCUCCAAGGGUUCAUACUGGAUUAGUGAUUUAAGGAUGGAUGAAGAUAAUGCUAUUGAAAGGCGUAGCAAAAGUCGUCCUGUUUUGGGAAAUAUAACAAAUCAGGUUGGAACUAAAAGACCAUUUUCUUCACUUUUGGGCAAUUCAAGUCUAAAAUCUGUAGAUAGGGGAAGUGAAAAUGUAGGGAGCAAAUUUGUUUUGGUUGAUGACGGAAAUAAUGCCAAACGUGUUUGUGUUGCUCCUCGUCCUUGUAACAAGAUUUCAUCAUCAAAGGUAGAUGUUGUAUCAGGGAUUUCAAAUUUACCAAAUCAAAACCAGGAUCCCAAUUUGUCACGUGUUGAUUCAUCUACUGCUAUCUCCCAAAGUAUAAUCGGAGAUACCACCGAGAACAAAAGUGCUUGUGGGAGUGCUAUUGAAAAGAAAUAUUUUGAAGCUAUAAAUGAUAAGGAUUGUUUGGCAACUGGGGUGCCGGUGCCAGUGCCGGCAUUGUCCGGAACGGAAGACCAUGAUGCUGUUCCGAGUUGUGAAAUUAACGAGGAUAGCGAGGGUACUGAAAGUGACACAGAUAUAUUUCCUAAUGGCCCUGAUGAACAAGGUCUUGAUAAUCUAGUUAUGAGUCAGACUGGGUCAGUAGACUUUGCAAGAUUGCCAGAGUCACAGGAAUCAAGAGUUAAACUUGACACAUGUGCAGGAACAGAAACUUGUGAGAAUAAUUCAAGUUUAAGUGCUAGCAUUGAGUCAAUCAAAGCUUGCUCUUGUACCUUUUGCACCAAAGCUGCUUAUAUAUGGUUAGACCUCCAUUACCAGGAUACCAAGGGUCGGAUAAGUGCCAUAAAGAAGAGUCAGAGAGAAGCAAGUCUUUUAGUUGAAAGAAGUUGCAAGGGUAAAGAGAUUCAGAAGGAGGAGGGUCCAGAAAAGGAUAUUGAAGCUGCAAAUCUAGAGUCAAGUUUAAUGGGUCACUGGAAGUCUCUCUUUCAACACAUGGAGCAUAUUUUUCAUAACGAAGCUGACCAGCUAGACAGACCAAAAAGUCAAGCAUGCCACAUAAACUGGGACGGAGGGAGUAAUUAGAGAUGUAGUUGCACUUGCGAACUGCUGACCAGAGAGAAAUAUUUGAAGGAAGGUAGUUUAGUUACACUGACCGACCUCAAAGAUAGAUGCAAGGCAGACUUGGAUUCGUUCAAUGGGACUUCAGAGAACUGCUAGUUGGUUCCAAAUCUUUUUUCUGUUUAAGGUUGUUACUUCACAUUCUACUAGUUUGUUUGGUGGCUCGUUUUCACAUGAUCUAUUGUACUUGUGAAAUCUUGUAUAACAGUCUGGUUUAUGUAAAGUGGUUUAAAAUGGUGUAACAUUCUUGGUGAUCAUACAUCACAACAAUAUGAGUCAUUAGAUGAGUGCUGCAGUUUUCAUGAUAGUUUGAGGCUAUAUAUCGAUUGCUUUCUUCAAACUAUCAGUGUAUUUUUGUGCAUACGAGCCAAUCAUUUCUAGUGCCUUGCCGGUUGAGCAAAUGUCACUUUAAUGUA